UCUUUCUAUUACGCUUGAUUACGUGUUGCAAUAGUGACGUGUUACAUUACGGACCUUCGCGUCAGUUAACAUUUGGAUUCAGAGAGACUUGCGAGUGACUUACUUCACUACUCUGCUUUCAUCUGAGCGAUUACAAUGAAAUCACAAAAGAAAAACGAAAAUAAGGAGAGAAAAGCGUAUGGGGAACCUGCCCCAUAUGAACCGACAUUCAGUGGCCCUGUUGGUAAAAGGGCAUUUACUGAUGUCUUGUGCUGCAUCAUUUUCAUUGCUGCUGUGAUUGGCUAUGCCAUCCUUGGUGGUGCAGCUUGGCUUUAUGGAAACCCCCAGUACAUCAUCUAUGAGCAAAACUCUGCUGGAGGGUUUUGUGGAAUUGGACCCAAUGUCGACAAACCCAGUGUGUUUUAUUUCGACGUGCUGAAGUGUGCUUCAGCGGUCAAUGUAACGGCUGUUACAUUGAAAGGACUUCAAUGUCCAACAACUCAAGUGUGUGUUAAGCAGUGCCCCUCGAAAUUUUGGUUUUUGCCCCCUGAUGCGUUCGCUGCAGGGGCAAAGCCAAGUGACUUCUUCCAGCAGGAGUUUUGUGACCCCAGUUUGGACCUUGCCCGGACCAAACUUACAGUGAAAGAGAUCCUGGAUAAAGAGCUAUGCCCAGCUUAUUAUACACCAAGCAUAUCUGUUAAAGGAAAAUGUCUGCCCAGUUUUGAUCCAGAUAGUGUUCCAUCAGACUUCACUGUCCCUGGAUCAAAUAUGACGGUUAAAGAAACAGUAAAGAACAUAAUGGACGCUACAAGCGGUCUCAGAUCAGGAUUUAAUGCCAAGUCCAUAAAAGUCAGCCUCAUCGAGGACCUCGCCUUUUCGUGGUAUUGGAUAUUAAUAGGUCUGGUGGUUGCACUGGGGGUCAGUAUGGCGCUGCUCCUGUUGAUGAGAUGUUGUGUGUCAGUGGUGGUCAUAAUCCUCAUCACUGGCGUUCUGUCAAUCGGAGCAUACGGCAUUUACCAGUGUUACCAGGAGUAUCAGAAAAAUCUGGGCUCACCGAUCACACUUGGUGACCUCAGUCUUCAGUCCAAGCUGUCUGAUUUCCUUCAAGUAAAGGAGAUCUUGCUGGCUUGCUUGGUGAUUCUGUGCCUGCUGGAGUUUCUCCUGUUUGUCUUGUUCGUAUCGUGUUUAAGAAAAGGACUCGGUAGGGCUUUGGCAAUGAUGAGGGAGUGCAGCAAGGCAAUGGGUGUGAUGACGUCUACAAUGACAUACCCGUUGGUCACAUUUCUGCUGGUCAUACUCUGUCUGACCUUCUUUGCAAUCACUAGCGUAAAUCUGGCAACUUCUGGAUCGCCAUUAUACAAAAAAGUUGUCUUGGACUCAUCAAAUGCCAAGUGCAGUGGCAUCACAGGCAAUGAAAAGUGUGACCCAGAGACUUUCAAGGCAUCAGACUACCCAGAGUGUCCUGUGCGCUGUGUAUUUGUUGAAUAUGAUGAUGAAGGAGGAUUUUUCCCGAGACACGCACAAUACCUGCAGAUUUAUAAUUUGCUGGCAUGUCUGUGGUGUCUGCAUUUCAUCAUCACACUUGGCCAGUGCACACUAGCAAAGACCUUUAGCAUCUACUACUGGUCUUUGAGUAAACCUCAGAAUAUUCACCGAUCUGUUGUUUCCAAAGCGGUUUUCAGGAUGUUAAGGUACGUUACAUUCCUCUCUAUUGGCCCUGUGAUGGACUGCCGACCUGUCCAGAGAGACGUUCCUUUCUGGUACCAUACCGGCUCCAUGGCGUUUGGUGCUGUCUUCCUCACUAUGUUCCAGGGCGUCCGGAUUGUUUUGGAAUAUCUCAAAGAUGUGACUAAAGGUGGACGAAUAUGUUGCUGGAUUUGCUUCCCGCUGAAACUUCUCCUAAAACUCUGCUUCUGCGCUUUGGAUAAAUUCAUCAAGUACUUUACCCGGAACACCUACGUAAUGAUGGCGUUAUAUGGAGACAAUUACUUCAUUUCGGCUAAGAAUACUUGCAUGCUCUGGGGAAGGAACAAGGACCAGGUGGUGAUUGUGGAGCGGAUUACAGAUUUGCUGCUGUUUUUUGGGAGACUGCUGGUGGUUGGAGCAAUAGGUGUCCUAGCCGUCUGUUUCUUCAAUGGAGACAUAAGAGUGUCAGCAGAUAUUUUCCAAGCCGACGUGCUGAAUUAUCGCUGGAUGCCUAUUAUUGUGGUGAUGGUGGGAUCAUACUUCAUUGCUGAGGGCUGCUUCAGCGUCUACAGCAUGGGGGUGGACACGUUCACCCUCUGCGUCAUGGAUGAUCUGGAGCGCAAUGAUGGAUCAUUGCAGAGACCUUACAUGUCAAGGAGCAUGAUGCAGAUCUUGCAACAGAAGAGAGAUUCCAAUGUUUGAUAUAUACAGUAUCCCACAAAAGUGAAGAACACCCC